AACACACGUUCGCUUCUAGCAUUAGCCGGCUCCUACUGAACCAUCGUUUGUGUUAGGUAAGUUUGAACAUUGAAAUUAUCGUAUUUCUCAAAAUCAAAUACUGUUCGAAAUAUGCUUAAAUACUUUCUUAUAACAGAGGCAAUGACUUCUGAGCAAAAAUGAUCACAUUUGCUAGCAUCAGAACAUUUGCCACGGCAAUAAAAAAGGCCGUCAAAAAGCCAAAGCAGCUUAACCAGAAGGCUCGCAUAAUCCAAAAUUUAAACUAUGAAAACAAGGCACUUUUUGGCGCCGUUAACAAGAAGGAAACGGAUGAAUUACCUCGCUCCAACCGACAAUCCGCAAAUGUAUUCGGCAAAGAUUCCGAAAUGUAUUGGCUAGUGCAAAGAGACAAAUCUAUUAGAAAGAAUGAUCGAUCCUCGAGUAACGAUCAGCAAAUGAUCAUCAGCAAGUCAUCACCGGAGAUUCCAUUCAAUACUCAAGAACUGCGUUCAGUGUUAACGUUCCCGUUAGUGCCAUCGUCGAAUGGAACUCUGGAACGAUCAUGGACCCGUCAUGAUCAAUAUGAAACCGAUCGCUACAAGUCACCUUCGGUGAAUAAAAUCCUGACUGCCACAAUGUCGGAAUCGUCGCGGCAGAUUUUGCUGAAGUGGAAGGCAUCCAAAAUUGCUGAGCUAGGCGAGGAAGGAUUUACUGAGUUUCAAAAGGCUACUCUGGCAAGAGGUAGUAAUUUCCAUUCGUGUCUGGAGAGCUGGCUCAACCAGGAGGAUGUUGAUCGUGAUAAGCUGGAGAGAGCACGUGACUUGUGGGCUAGCAUCAACGGAUCACUGGAAAGGAUCGGUAGACCAGCUCGAGUCAUUGAGAGGAAGAUUUACCAUCCGUUUCUACACUACAAUGGAGUUGUGGAUUGCGUAUCCUCGUUGGACAAUAAACUACACAUCAUCGAAUGGAAGACGUCGGAGAAUCAAAAGGCUUCACUCUCGUCAACCUACGAUGCCCCGAUUCAGCUUUGUGCCUACCUUGGGGCAUUGAAAUCGGAUCCCGAGUUCAGUGAGAUGGACAUCGCUGGGGGAGCCGUAUUCGUGGCCUACACGAGUGGAAAUCCUGCCCACGUGCAUUUGCUUAGUCCGGAGAAGUUGCGGAAGUAUUGGUCCAUCUGGUUACGGCGAUUGCAGGAGUAUUGGAUUCGGUAUCGGGAUAAUACCUUGCCAGAACCGAUUUGAGGGUUUCUGAUGUCUUGUAAAAUAUGCGUUUUUAGUUCAAACUGGCACACUAUUCGAAGCAGAUGUGUGUGUAUUUUUCUUUA